UGCAACACGGAUCGUCUGAGGGGAAAACAAAAGUUUUGUCAUAAACCGGAAGAAGACGUCUUCUCUGUCUUUUGGCGAGUGCAUGUUUUUAAAAGAGAAAUGUAACUGUAGAAGACGCACAUUCAAGUUUAUCAUUCCUGUGCUUUAGGACACUCUAUCUCUUUGUGCCACCAUGACGUUGAUGGAAUUUUUCGGCUGUACUUUUAUAGCAUUCGGUCCUCCAUUUGCACUUUUCCUGUUUACUGUUGCCCGCGACCCUCUCAGGAUCAUUGUUCUCAUUGCAAGUGGGUUUUUCUGGCUGCUAGCACUGCUGGCCUCGUCCAUUCUGUGGUUUGCAGUUGUACCCUUACGAGAACAGCUGGCUUUUGGACUUGUGUUUUCUGUAAUUUUUCAGGAACUUUUUAGACUUUUGUUCUACAAGCUAAUAAGAAAAGCAGAUGAAGGUUUGAAGAUGGUGAGCCAGACAGAACAAGAGAUGCAUGUGGAGCCAAAAGAUUUCACCAACAGGCAUAUAAUGGCAUACAUUUCUGGACUAGGCUAUGGAAUAAUCAGCGGGGCAUUCUCCAUUGUCAAUGUUUUAGCAGAUAUGGUUGGACCAGGAACUGUCGGCAUCCAAGGCGACUCACAUUUCUUCUUCGUAGUCACUGCUUUCCUGACACUGUGCUUUGUAUUCCUGCACACUUUCUGGGGUGUGAUAUUUUUCCAUGCCUGGGAUAAGAGAAAGUUCCAGUAUGUGGCCAUUGUUGUGUGUUCACAUAUGCUUGUAUCCUGUCUGACACUAUUAAACCAGAGAAGUGAGACUCACACUCCAACCUAUUGGGCAAGUCUGUUACCAGCCUAUAUCGUCAUGUUUCUCACUGGAGGAUUGGCAUUCAAAAUAGCCGGAGGGUCACUUACAAAUCUACGGGCAGCUAUCACGUGUUCCUGUAAACAGUCGUCGUACCAGAUCGACUAAACACCACAUUUCAGAGACAGUAUUUUGUUAUCCUCUCAAAUUAGUUUGGUUUCUGGUUUAAAGGUGUAAGUCAUUAUCAUGUGAUGUAAUUGAUAUAAUUACAAAAUAUGUUCAGUUUUGUGUAUUUAUAAGUAUCAUAAACAUCUGAGUUUUUUUGUUUUUGUUUUUUUUGUGAUAAUGUUGUCAUAUUGUACAAAAUGAGAAAAUGUUGAAGUCUGUGACUCAUUCUUUAAUAUUCCUCCACACGUCUAUCUGAUUAUUUGAAGUCCAGAUAUUCGUACAUCAUCCAUUGUAGCAUGCGAGAGCGACUUAAUUAACAUGUACAAUAUACAUAUUUAUUCAUCAUUCAUGUUUUCUCAUUGUGACCAUGACACAUUCGGGAGGUUGAGAAUGUUUGUUAAUUUUGUCUUUUUGUCUCUGUGUUAUUCAUAAAUAAUAACAAACUUAACAUUCUCAGGAUAUUCUAUAAUUACAAGUUUAAUUGUCAGUGAGCACUAUAAUCGCAUUCAGGUAAACAUGUUUGUCAAACUCAGAACAAUUUGCCUAAUCAUUUUUUUAGAAUUUUACAAGAUCCUGACAUUUUUUCUAUGAGAUAGUAUAAUAAUUUUAGAUAAAGUUAUAAAAUUUUCUGCUUUUUUGUUUGUAUUGGCAUUCUUUAAUUAUAAACACUGGAUUUGAGUUAAUGCUACAAUUAGACAGUACAUGUACAUUAAUUUGAAUGUACAGAGUUGUUGCAUAUGUUGAAAUUAUUUGAAUCAUAUUUGGUUGCAUCAAUAAAAGCAAAUAUCUGCCCAGUAUGAAAUAUGACAUAGUCCAUCUAUUUUAUUGACAGUAGCACAUAAUCAUCCCAUUAUCUAGUGAAUUCGCCCAUAUUUUCGCUUAUGUCAGUCAUGUAAUUUACCCUGUAGUGUUUUUAAUUGGCUGCGCCAGUUAUUCGAUUUGUAACGUCAAAUUCUGAAUAAUGACAUGACGUCAUGAAUUGUGAAUGGGAAAACAUGAGGACUGUACACAGUUGAUUAAAGUCCUUCACAUAAAUUUUAUUUUUGAUUUAAAACCUGUCAAAAUGUAUGUUCCUGAGUUAUGUGAAAAAAAGUAUCUUAAAUUUGUUUCCAUUUAUGAAACUCACCAAGGCUUGCAAAAAUAAAGCAUUCAUUUGAAACUUGUUUCAUAAAAUCUUAUAUUAUGAAAUGAUAAUUCAUUAAGAUCUUGUAUAUAUUUACAUUUGUAUGUAAAUAUGUAGGUACAAAUACGUAAACAGUAUUUGGAUUCAAAAUUUUUGUUAGGGCCUUGGAGUUAACAGCUGAAAUUAAAUUGAGAAACCAAAUUAAAUUUCAUGUGAAUAUUUGAUUAAAGUUCACACUAAGAUUGUAACUCUUCAAUGUGGCAGUGUCUGUCACAUGUAGACUUUGACCAGGACAACACGAUUUACCUGUUGUAAUCCAGAUGUUUUGUAUGUUAUUUGUACAGGAUUCGGUACUAUAUCCCAUUGUACUGGGAACAUGUCAACUUUUAAACGAGUCAUUGUCUGUUGGGUGUCACUUUCCUAUAUUUCCCAUGCUGCUUUGGGAGAUUUUCAAAAUUGUAUAUUUUGAUAUAACAGUGAUAGAAUAUGCAUAGAUGACAGUUAAAAUUGACAUUUAAUUCCUUCAUUUGCUAAAGUGACUAUUUCAUAAUUUGUUCAUAGUUGAAUGAAUGCCUCGUUAUGAGAUUGUUUGAUAUAGAUGGGUUUUGUGAAUGUUAGUUAUAAUGAGAUUAAUGGUUUUCUUGUUGUAGAUAUAAAUGUUAGAAUAUUUUGUAUCUCAGUUAGUGGUGUUUUGUAUCGGGGAUGUUAAUAUCUCUUGCCCUGGGCAAAUUGUCUUGGAAUAUCUUCUUGUCCUGGGCAAAUGUACUUGUUAUUAACGUUUGCCCAGGAAAGCAGGCAAUUCAAUUUUUCUAAUCUGGCUGAAGUUAAUUUUUGACAUGUAAUAUUAUCAUAAUCAUGAUUUAUGCUCUGUACUAAUGGUAGAUCUAACAUGAUUAUGAUUCAUGCUUGCUAGUUUUCUGGCAAACUCUAUAAACAUAAUCACGAUUCCACAAUGUUAUCACGAUUCCACGACAUAAUCACAAUUCCACUACAUAAUCACGAUUCCACCAUAUAAUCAUGAUCCCACAAUCAUGAUUACACUACAUAAUCACGAUCCCACUAUCACGAUUCCACAACAUAAUCACGAUUCGACAACAUAAUCAAGAUUCCACAACAUAAUCACGAUUCCACAAUCAUGAUCCCACAAUCACGAUUCCACAAUCAUGAUCCCACAAUCACGAUUCCACAACAUAAUCAUGAUUCCACGACAUAAUCAAGAUUCCACAACAUAAUCAUGAUUCCACAACAUAAUCAUGAUGCCAUAACAUAAUCAUGAUUCCACAACAUAAUCAUGAUGCCAUAACAUAAUCACGAUUCUAUAACAUAAUCAUGAUUCUAUGACAUAAUCAUGAUUACAUUGCAUUAUACUAUUAGUAAUCUAAUCAACGUCAUAUCUUCCUGAUCUUUUUAAACUUUCAAAAAAUAAUUUUAAUCCUUGUGAAUAUAUUUAUAUGUCACCAUGAGCAUCAGUUAUUUUGUGUGAUGUUUGAUUUACAAUGACGUUUAACGAGAUAGCAGCAGUAAAGAUUGUGUAGUAAAAUACUGGUAAUGUGUCUAUGCAUACAUUCAUGUGUUACAAUCAGUCUGGUUAUUUUUGUUCUAUGUACAUGUACUUUCGUGUGAACUUACUUACUGUAUGUGGUGUUGUAUAUAUGUUACACCUAAACAGAUUAUUUAAUUCUUUGACAGAAAUAAUAAUAUACUGCAUUAAGGUCUGCCAAUGAUAAAUCGAACAACUAUGUUAUAUUUAUACAGCACAGUUUUUGACAUCCAAGACGUUAACAAUAUCGUUGUAUGACCAAUUUAGGGAAUUCAUUACUCCACACACAUGUAUUAAAAUGGUAGUCAGGAAGAAAUGCCCGAAUUGUAUUAAGAGUCAGUCAGAGAAGAAAUACCCAAUUUGUAAGUAAAGUGCUAAUGUGUAUAUUCAUAUCAUUUUCAUUGAAUGUCAUUAACUUAAUCAGUUAUUUACUUGUUCAUUAGUUUAAACAUGUUUUAUUGUCAUGAAACAAUGGGAUUGUGUAGGACUUAUUGAACUUACAUCAAGCCCUAUCUUGCUAGCUGCAUUAAUGUAAAAUUGGGGUUUGCUUAGACCAGUGAUGUACAUGUACAGCUGUUGGCCAAAAGUGAGUUUGCAAAAUUUGUUUAGGUAUACAAUCUAAUCUUAAGUAUUGCAGUGUACCAUAGAGGAGCAGAAAUUACAAGUCUAAUAUUUUAGUUAGAUUGGGACAAUUUGCAUCCCCAUUUUGACAAUAAUUUAGUAUGCAUAUGAAGGAACAUGGUGUCAAGGAAAUUUUGUUGUUAAUUGUAAUUUCUGCCAACAUAUUAUCCACCUGUAUAUUACGUGAUGAAAUUAAAGACAUUUCUUUUUCAACGCACAAAAUUUCAUCAAGAUCCAUGCAUGAGUCUGGGUAAUGGAUAAAAAAAUGAAAAUACAAAUAGCUUCUAGUAAUUAAAAUUCAACAUUACGAACUCAAUUAUUUGGGACUAUAGUAAGACUAAGAACAGGCACCGAUAUCUGACAAAUCGACAUCUUCGCUUUAUAACAAGAACAAACUGGAUGAAAUGUGUGAAAUGUCAAUCUUAUUGAACUUGAAUAUUUGAGUGUUAUUUUAAAUCAAAGUAAUGGAAAAUCCUUGUAAGGGGAACAACUCAUUCUCAAAUCACGGGCUUCUGAUUCCUCAGUCUGAUAAAAAUCAUCUGUUCAUGGCUUGGUGAGUGUUCGUAAGCGUUUUCUUUGAAUUUUACUUUCUCGUUGUUUAAGGUUAAGUGUAUCGAGAACAGGAUCUAAGAUGCUCCUGUGAUGUAAGAGGCUUGAUUGAUUGAUUGAUUGAUUGAUGGGGCUUAACGUCCUUGUUCCGGUUAUAACCGAGCCUAGGACACAAUGUAAGAGCAACUUUUAAACAUCUGACGUAAUAAUGACCACUGCGUCAAGGCACCCGCCAUAAGUUUUUCGCGGUGUUAAUUUGCUUGCGUAUAGCAGCAACUGGCUACUGUUGUCAGAGAAAGGAUUUGACAUUUGACUGUUUUUAAAAGACAAUGACAGUAACAAGUGCCUAAUGUCUUUCCAUACAACAGUAUUGUAAUGGGUAUACGUACGGGCCGAGUGGUUAAGGUGUCGCGACACUUUAUCACUAGCCCUCCACCUCUGGGUUGCGAGUUCGAAACUUACGUGGGGCAUUUGCCAGGUACUGAGCGUAGGCCGGUGGUUUUUCUCCGGGUGCUCCGGCUUUCCUCCACCUCCAAAACCUGGCACGUCCUUACAUGACACUGCUGUUAAUAGGACGUUUAACAAAAACAAACCAAAAAACAAAAGUGUCCGGUUCCUACAAAGAUAGAUAUGAUAUAUCUCCAACCUUAAAACAUGGGUUUGAUGAUGUACCUGGCACCAGUAAUUACUGAUCAACUAAGAUUUAAUCACAUAUUUACUUAUAUACGAUUCAUCUCUCCUCCUCACAAGGAUGUGUCUCGGUUCACUAAAACACCACUCUCCGUAAGUCUGUAAAUUAAUCAUGAUAUAUACAUAAUGUAUAUUUAGAAACUGUGGGAUCUGUGUCCUGUACUCCUGAUAUAGAUGAUCUAGUUGUAAGACGCGCUGGUCCAUUUCUUAGAAUAGAAUGCAUGGACACACAUUUUUAAUGUCAUUUGAUGCCAUCUUGUACAAUGUAUAUAAUAUGAUCUUCCAUGAAUUUGGAAUAAAAUAUUGAUGAUAUA